AAUGUGUCUAUAACUGUUAACAGAGGUUAGACGUCAGACACAGAUUAAGCUGAAUUGUAUGGGUCUUGUAUUCAGCACCCCCUGUAGACCAAGACUCACUGCUUUACCUCACAGCUAUGGAACCAACAACAAUCAGAGAAGGAUACCUAGUGAAGAAGGGGACGAUGCUCAACUCGUGGAAGGUGGUGUGGGUGGUGUUAGCAGAUGAUGCCAUUGAGUUUUACAAGAAGAAGACAGACAACAGUCCGAAGGGAAUGGUCCCUCUGAAGGGUGCGACUCUGACCAGCCCAUGCCAGGAUUUCACUAAAAGAAUGCUAGUGUUUAAGGUCAGGUCGACUAAGAACCAGGACCAUUUCUUCCAAGCGACUCACCUGGAGGAGAGGGAGCUUUGGGUUAAAGAUAUCAAGAGGGCCAUCACUUGUUUACAGGGAGGCAAGAAGUUUGCCAGGAAGUCAACGCGACGAUCCAUUCGGUUACCACAAAAUGUUAACCUGAGUGAACUGUAUGUUCUAAUGAGAGAUCAAGACAAAGGAGUGAAAGAGCUGAAGCUAGAGAAGGAUAAAAGGCUGUUCAGUCACUGUUUCACAGGAAACUCAGUGAUCGACUGGCUGAUUUCUGAGGGGAAGGCCAGAAACAGACCCGAGGGACUGAUGCUGGCCACCGGACUGCUGAACGAGGGAUUCCUGCUGCCCGCCGGAGACGUGUCCAAAGACGGCGCAGAAAAAGGAGCAGAGUGUGUUUUCCUGGACCAAACUGAGGCUCUUUAUUACUUUGCAGAUAGUGGUUUCUUUUGUGAGGGUUACUCCAGCGAUGAAGACGAGGUCGUGAAGGAGGAGUUCAGAGGGGCCAUAGUCAAACAGGGUUGUUUGGUGAAACAGGGUCACAGGCGAAAGAACUGGAAAGUCAGAAAGUUUAUUCUGAGAGAUGAUCCUGCUUAUAUCCACUACUAUGAUCCCACCAAAGGUGAAGACGAUCCUCUCGGCUCCAUUCACCUGCGUGGUUCAGUCGUGACUGCGGUGGAAUACGUGCCUGAUGCCAAGAGACACGAGGUGGAUGGCAAUCUCUUUGAGAUCAUCACGUCAGAUGAGAUACACUACUACCUGCAGGCCGCAACAGCCGAUGAGCGCAAGGACUGGAUCAAAGCCAUUCAGAGCGUCUCAAAAUCAGGAAAAUAACUGUAUCAGGUCCAUCCCAUGGUGGAGAACAGCAAACUUACCCGUAAAAGACACACAGAGUUAAGGGUGAGGUUCAGUGUGGGGAUGUGUUUUGUCUACGCACCAAAUAUGUCUCCUCUUCAGCAUUUUCUAAAAAUAAAAAUUCCAGUUUUUCGUUUCUUCACUUUCCGCAUUUACACAAAACAGGCUUUCUAACAAUCAUGUGACAAUUUCUCAAGUAAAAAAACAAACUCACACUAAGUUAGAGACAGGAUGUGGGCAAAUGUGUUGUUUAACCAGAAACUGAUAGUAAAUGACAUUGAUCUGCCCGUCCAGAACUGUCAACACAGUGGAGAGAAUCUUCAGUGUUCAGCAUUUUCCUGUUUUCAUGUUAAGUAGUAGCACUUCCUGUUUCUUUUCUUGAGUCUCUCUAGAUAUAGACAUGUACCAGUCUGAUGAUGACGUGGUGUAACACGAAAUGGACUCAAAAUAUCACACCUUUACUUAGCUCACUGUUCUUAUGUAUAGAGCUGGGCAGUAACUGAUUACAUGUAGUCUGGAUUACAUAAUCAGAUUCCAGAAAUGAAAACAAUAUUUUAAAAUACUAGUAAUCAUACUACAGUUACUUUUCAUGGAUUACAUGAUUACAUAUUAUUUACAUGUUUUUGGAAGGCUUUUGUCUUUCAAACAUAUUGCACAAAUACACAAACGUCAGUUAGUCAUCUGAUCCGCUUUCACCCAAUAUAUUUACUUACAUUCAUUUACAUUCAUGCAUUUGGCAGACGUUUUUAUCCAAAGCGACUUACAGUGCAUUCAGGCUAUACAUUUUCUGUCAU